UGCUGCUGCUGCUGCUGCGGCCGCAUCCCUCCGGCCCUCCCUCCUCCAUCCCUUCCUCCAUCCCAGCGUCCGCCCGUCCGUCCGUCCAUCCCUCUGUCCGUCUGUCCGUCCCGCCGCCGCCCGCCCCGCGGGGACCGGGGCACCGCUUCCAGGGCAGUGAAGGGCCAAGAGCAGCAGAGCUUCCCUUAGAGGCACAGAUCAGCGGAGAGAUCGGCUUCUGCCCAUCCCGGGAGCCCUCCUGGCCUGCCCAUGGCUAGCAACAACACUGCUAGCAUAGCACAGGCCCGCAAGCUGGUGGAGCAGCUGAAGAUGGAGGCCAACAUCGACAGGAUAAAGGUGUCCAAAGCAGCAGCAGACCUGAUGGCGUACUGUGAAGCCCACGCCAAGGAGGACCCUCUAUUGACCCCUGUCCCGGCCUCAGAAAACCCCUUUAGAGAGAAGAAGUUCUUCUGUGUGAUCCUGUAAACCCAGGAGGAGCCUGACGGGCACUCAGGCCACCCUGAACACUGAUGUAGAGUUUUUAGGAAUGGGGACGACCUGCUGGUCCGCUGAAUUUAAACAAAAAUAAGUAAAAAACACGGCCUGGAAGCUACAGAGAUGUGCAUGUUUAAAGAACCUGGCCACCUUUGGGGGAAUCAGAUGAUCUGCAUUGCAAGGCAAAAGAUCUGAAGUCUGUAGAGUUGUCUAGAAAGAGAAAAACAAAACAAAAAAAAAAAACCCAUGUAAAGAAUAAAUCUGUGUCACUUUUCUGCUCACAAAAUUGUUCGAUUGUUCCAUAUUUAAAGCACCAGAGCUGUGCUGAGCAAAGUUAACUGCUAAGGAUGUGUAUAACCUUCUUGGAAUGGUAUUGUUGGUUUCUUUCCGAGCUAAUAUUUUUGAUUUAAGUUGUCAGAUAUAUAGCAGACAGGUUAGGUGGCUGUGCUGUUACUCAAUGUUUGGUCUUGUGCUUUUUCAUUUCUGGCCGUAGCAUA